AUGAAUACGAAAAUAAAGAGCGAGAAGGAAAAGGAACAUGACUCUCCGGAGGUCACAGACGAAGACGAGUACGAUUCUGAGGACUCGUCGGCCUCAUCAUCAGACGAGUCGUGUUCUGAAUCGUCGCAGGAGUCGGAGUCGGAGGUGUCAAAACGCGAAAUGUCAGAACGCGAGCAGUUUGAGCUGCAGGCGAAAUAUCGGCGGCUGGACCGCGCGCUGUUGCAGCAGCGGACGGAGAUUGCGCGCGAUAACGGCAUUCAGGUAGUGUCGACGUCUCUGGACAUUGCGGAUCAGCUUUUUUCCGAGACCAAGACGUCGAUCCAGUCGAAUAUCGUGGCCAAGGACGCGGCCACGUUGAAGGAGAUCGGAUUACAGGCGAAACUAGCGACGCGGAACUUGAAGUUGGGACGGUCCGAGCGCGUUUUGAACUUCAACGAGUUCUGCAGCAAUUUUCUGCGAUUUUUCGCUGCCGAGGACGACGUGGUCGAUGUAGACUCGCCGAUCGACCGCGGAAUGGCCCGUUUUGACUGGCUCAAGGCCGGGCUGCUAUACAGCAGCUGCUCACGGCGCGUGCCGAGCGCCGAGUUCCUGCUGGGACCGCUGGAGAUUACGCGAAAGACGCGCAUCUCGCGGCCGCGACUUCAGGACGAUUCCAAGAGCGGUGUAUCCAGGACGGCCAGCAAACGCAGCGCGUCCGAGCUGAUGGAACAGGACCGCCAGGACGAUACGACGGCAAACUCCGAGCGCUGUUUCCGCAAACUGCGCACGCUCAACAUGGCCCGCAAAAACCUGUUUGAGUUCUUCAUCGACCCAAAGUCUUUCGCCAGGUCGGUCGAGAACCUGUUCUACACAAGCUUCCUUAUCAACCACGGCAAGAUGAUUCUGGGCCACGACGCAUCGGGCGUCCCAUACACGACUCCAAAUCGCACAUCAUAUUUAAUCUUGAUCACGUGACCUGGAAGGGCCUGAUCGACCGGUUCAA